CCGACUCUCACUCUCUCCGCACAGAAGCUGCUGCUGGUCGCUCACUCGGAUCUCCGGUCGCUGCUGUUUCGGGCGCUCUCGGGCUGUUUCGGGCUGUUGUUGACUCUGCGGCUUCUCCUUUUUUUUCUUGGCUUUGAUUUCUGCUCUGGAAUCCGCUCCCUGAUUUGGGUUUUGUGCUUCUCUGAGGCUCCUGGGCUGUGGGAGAGUAUUUGGGAUUUAAUACCCCUGUGCCAGUCAGUGUGCCAGUCCCUGGAUGGUGGUGCCAGGCUGCUCCUAAUCUUGGAUCUGACUUCUGUGCCCUGUGGAUAUGGACUUUGUGGGUCUGGAUGAAACUCUGGGGAUACUUGUUACUGUCUGAGCUGAAUUUUGGGGAGAGUCAGUGGCACCUGAUCUUUCCUUGGCACCUGUCCCUGCCCAUCACCAUGUUCCAUGUCACCCUCUACUUGGUGUUGCCUUUAAUGGAUGCCUUGCUGGCGGCAGAGGUGAGGCGAUUGCCCCCGGUCGAGCGAUUGGAUUGCGUUAAAGCCAGCGAGCAGUGCCUGAAGGAGCCGGAGUGCAGCGCUAAGUACCGGACGCUCAGGCAGUGCGUUGCGGGCAAGGAGAGCAACUUCAGCAAAGUGAUCGGCCUGGAAGCCAAGGAUGAGUGUAAAAACGUCACCGAAGCGCUCAAACAAAAGUCGCUGUACAACUGUCGCUGCAAGAGGGGAAUGAAGAAGGAGAAGAACUGUCUGCGGAUCUACUGGAGCAUGUACCAGAGUCUGCAAGGCAAUGAACUUCUGGAGGAUUCCCCGUAUGAACCAGUUAAUAACCGACUCUCUGACAUCUUCAAACUGGAUUCCCUUUUGUCAGAGCCCAUAAUCCCCAGAGGGAACGAUUGCCUAGACGCAGCGAAAGCGUGUAACCUGGAUGACACGUGUAAAAAGUACCGCUCGGCCUACAUAAACCCCUGUACCAACAGCAUGUCCAACGAGGUCUGCAAUCGGCGCAAGUGCCACAAAGCUCUCAGGCAGUUCUUUGAUAAAGUGCCGGCCAAGCACAGCUAUGGGAUGUUAUUCUGCUCAUGUAAGGACGUGGCCUGCACAGAGAGGAGGCGCCAGACCAUUGUACCUCUCUGCUCGUAUGAGGAGAAGGAGAAACCCAACUGCCUGAAUUUGCAGGAGACGUGUAAAACAAACUACAUCUGCAGAUCUCGCCUUGCCGACUUCCUCACCGACUGUCAGCCCGAGCCGCGGUCUCCUAGUGGGUGCCUGAAGGAGAACUACGCAGAAUGUCUGCUGGCCUACUCUGGCCUCAUUGGUACAGGGAUCACCCCCAAUUACAUUGGAUCCAACAGUCUGAGUGUCUCCCCCUGGUGCAACUGCAGCAACAGUGGAAACUACAUUGACGACUGCCUCAAGUUUCUAACCUUCUUCAAAGAUAACAUCUGCCUCAAAAAUGCCAUCCAGGCGUUUGGCAAUGGCACCGACGUGAGGCUACAGCCCGACCAACCAGUGCAAAGCACAACAUCUCCGCCCCCUGCCAGUCAUAAACCCAAAACGAGGGUCACCGACCUGCUCCAUUUCAGCAACGAAAUCCCAACACACAAUGGGCAGCCAGCCUGUGCCAACUUACAGGCACAGAAAAGCAAAUCGAAUGUUUCUGAAGACCCUCAAAUUUGUGUUGUUGAGCAGACUCGUGGGACAAAUAACAUUAUGGACCAAAUUUCCACCGAAGAUUCUUCCGAAAGUCUCUCCAGCCUCUGCCCAUUGCUUUUCACCAUUGCCACGACACACUCACUAUUGAUCACUAUUCUCCCUGCUCUGAGGUUAUAGCCGAAUUCUCUUUGAUGGACCUGUACAAAACCAAAUGAAAAAGUAUAUAUAUAUAUAUGAUUAUUAUAAUAUUCACUUUCCUGCCCUCUUCUGUUACUCCGAACUCACAGUACAAGAUUCAGAAUUAAAUAUUCCGGACUCUCACAAAGGAAAUAACAAUAAAUACUGUUCUCUGGUCUCUAAAGGGGGUGUUUUGUCACUGCAGUGUCACAUUCCAGACCCCAAAGGAUUCUGGGAAUGCCGUGUAUUUGAAAAAGAUUCUGUACAUUUGUUUGUUGCUUUUUGAUUUCACUUUGUUUCCUUUGUUUUUAAGUCUUUGUAUAAAACCUCUUCCUUUUAUUUUUAACAGGUUCCUGUGAAUUGUUGUUCUUCAUUUAUUACCAAUUUACAUAGAACAAUUGUCGUCUGACAUUAUCAGUUCAAACUCUGGUCAGUGCCCCCUUAGUUCAUAAUAUGGUUACGGAUAUUGGAGAACAUGGAGUAACAGCCAAGAAUAUCUAGAACAGCAAAUACAUAUUCACCCCAUGUCUCACCCCAACAACCAUCAAGCCGGACUUUCAGAGCUGAGACUCCUCCAAAGUCAACCAGAAGGGACAUCCCUACGGAACUACUGAUAUAGACCUUAAAUCAGGGUGACUAUUACCCUAAAAUCUCUAUAUUUUCAGCCUGAAGGCCAGUUAGGUGGAGAUUUGGGGUGAGUGUUUAUUUGUGCCCUGGGUACCCCUGGAACUAUAGCAGGGUGACACCCCAAUGUUUCUAUAUAUCUGUAACCUU